AUGAACCGUCUAUUCGGCGCCAAGCCCGCGGGCCCCAAGCCGACCCUCGGCGGUGCCAUCACCAACAUCGACACGCGUAUCGCCUCCAUCGACACCAAACUCAAGGCGCUCAACGGCGAGCUCUCGGCCUACCAGGAGAAGCUAUCCAAGAUGCGCGAGGGCCCUGGCAAGUCGGCCAUCAAGCAAAAGGCCCUCAAGGUGCUGCAGCGGCGCAAGGCCUACGAGGCGGAGAAGGACAAGCUCGAGUCGCAGGUUUGGAACAUGGAGCAGGCGCAGAGCAUGCAGGACAACCUCAAGAACGUCAUGACCCAGGUCGACGCCAUGAAGACGACCAACAAGGAACUUCGCAAGCAGUACGGCAAGAUCGACAUCGACAAGAUCGAGCGCCUGCAGGACGAGAUGGCGGACCUGAUGGACGUUGGCAACGACAUACAGGAGAGCCUGGCCCGCAGCUACGACAUCCCCGACGAGGUCGACGAGACGGAGCUCGAUGCCGAGCUCGAGGCCCUGGGCUUGGAGCAGGAGCUUGAGCAGGAGAUGGGUGGCGCCGUCCCAGGCUUCUUGCAGGACGAGGUCGUUCCCGAGUUUGUCGACGAGCCUCCGCAGAUGGAGGACAAGGUCAAGCAAGCAGCCGGAUAG